GGGGUCGUCGCAUGCGCGUCGCUCGGGCUUCCCAGCAGCGCGGGUUCACCACACGCGACGGCCUGUCACAUACUUCGUUUUAAAUGCCGAAGGCUUGACUUACCACACGCACAAAGAUGGCGACGAUAGACAAAGAAAUUUUCGACGACUCAACUGAGGAUGCCCUGCCUGAGGAGUUUUCCUAUAUGAGCGCAGAGGCUAUCCAGCAACGUGUGCGUCUCCUGGACAAUGAGCUUCGCGUGCUAAAAGACGAGAGCACCCGCCUUACGUUAGAGCAGGACGGUCUGAAGGAGAAAAUUAAGGAGAACAAGGAGAAGAUCAAGCUCAACAACCAGCUGCCAUACCUGGUUGGCAAUAUCGUGGAGGUGCUGGACAUUAAGCCAGAGGAGGACGAGGAGGAGGACGGGUCGACUGUAGAUCUCGAUGCUCAGCGUCGCGGGAAGUGCGUGGUGCUCAAAACCUCAACCCGCCAAACCAUUUUCCUGCCGGUAGUUGGCCUGGUGGACGCAAACACGCUCAAGCCGGGUGACCUGGUGGGCGUGAACAAGGACAGCUACCUGGUGCUGGACACCCUCCCUGCGGAGUAUGACUCCCGCGUGAAGGCGAUGGAGGUGGACGAGAAGCCCACGGAGGACUACUCGGACGUGGGCGGUCUGGAUAAGCAGAUUCAGGAGCUGGUGGAGGCUAUCGUGCUGCCCAUCCAGCACAAGGACCGCUUCACCAAGCUGGGCAUCAAGCCGCCAAAGGGCGUGCUGUGCUACGGCCCUCCCGGCACGGGCAAGACGCUCAUUGCGCGUGCGGUGGCGGCGCAGACAAAUGCCACCUUCCUGAAGCUGGCGGGGCCACAGCUGGUCCAGAUGUUCAUCGGUGACGGCGCCAAGAUGGUGCGCGACGCGUUCGCGCUGGCCAAGGAGAAGUCGCCCUGCAUCAUCUUCAUUGAUGAGAUUGACGCCAUCGGCACCAAGCGCUUCGACUCCGAGCUGUCGGGAGACCGCGAGGUCCAGCGCACCAUGCUGGAGCUGCUCAACCAGCUGGACGGCUUCAGCAGCAACGACGACGUCAAGGUCAUUGCCGCCACCAACCGCGCCGAUAUCCUGGACCCCGCGCUCAUGCGCUCCGGCCGCCUGGACCGCAAGAUCGAGUUCCCGCACCCCAACGAGGACGCGCGCGCCAAGAUCCUGCGCAUCCACAGUCGCAAGAUGAACGUGGCGGCGGACGUUAACUAUGAGGAGCUGGGGCGGAGCACGGACGACUUCAACGCGGCGCAGCUGAAGGCCGUGUGCGUGGAGGCGGGCAUGCUGGCGCUGCGGCGAGACGGCACGGAGGUGACGCACGAGGACUUUGUGGAGGGCAUCACGCAGGUGCAGGCCAAGAAGAAGGCCAACCUGCAGUACUAUGCGUAAAGCGGCGUCGGCGGAGGUGGAGGAGGCGGCGGAGGCGGGCAGACGGGGAGGACGGUUUGUGGGCGUGUACGAGGUGGCGGAUGGAGGAGAUGGACUGAUGGCGGCAUGGGGGUAUACAUGUGUUAGGAUGUAGGGAUAUGCCGCCAGUAGGACAGGGAUUUGUAGAGCAGGUACAGGUGGUUGGCUUGCAGGUUGGCAGCUAGUGAUGUCUGCAGGUCGCAUGGGGAUAGCGGGUAGACGUGGUAACGCAUGCGUCAGUCCAUGAACCGCAGCCAAGUUGACAGUGUGGCGUAACGGUGUGUCGAAGGUCGCGGAUUCCUCCAGGGAACAAGACCUGUUAUUGCGCGGCCGACCCGCUGUAUGUCGAUAUUCACUGGACCUCGAUUGACACGACAUUGACUCAAUGAACCUUACACAACCAAGGGCUCACCCGCAAUGGAGGGCGAUACCCCGAGCAUGAGGAACUGUAAACUGCACCC